AACAUCAGCAUUUUGGAUUUAGCUUUCUGUUAAUGAUAAUUUUUCUAUCUUCCUUGGAAUGAUUAGCAAGCAAGGUACUAUGGUAGGAAUGUGAGUUACUAAGAGAGUGAUCAGGGGAAGACUUAGAGAGAUAGAACUCUGCCAUUCUCUCUCCACCUCUUCCAUCUCCAUCAGGACCAUCCCAGCCGUCCCCUCUUUUCUCAUCCUUUCUAAAACCCCACAAAUGUCAAAACCCUACCCUGAAAACAACACAUUCUGCAUUUAAUUAUUGCUUUAAUCAUUAUUAAAAGUCGGUUUUAGUAUAUAAACCCAUCACAUUUUCCCAGAAUUUGCAGCUCCUUAAGUUGUCCGUUGCUGUGCAUUCAAGAGCAGGGCCACACACAUCUCAAAGCCUUUUACAGAGGCUUGAAAAAAAAUACCAACAAAUAUCUCCACGCCAUUAUUGUUGUUCCUUCCAGGAUGCUGAUUUCUACCACAUGCAUUCUCUUAAUGUGUUUCCUCUUGAGCUCUCUCCCCUUCCUCACCAAAGCCACUCUCAAUCUCACGCAUCCUCACCAACACCCCGACCCUGAAGCUGUUGUUCUUGAAGUACAAAGGCGCGUCAAUGUCUCUGUCUCCCGAAGACAAAUGCUCUCUCUCCAAGCAAAGGACCAAGCUUCCUCAUGCAUCACCGGCAACCCCAUCGACGACUGUUGGGCAUGCGACCCGGACUGGCAAAAAAACCGCCAAAGGCUCGCCGACUGCGGCAUCGGAUUCGGCCACAACGCCCUCGGCGGCAAAGGCGGUCAGAUCUACGUCGUCACCGACUCCUCCGACGGUGACCCCGCCAACCCUGUCCCCGGUACCCUCCGCCACGCUGUCAUUCAAGAAGAACCCCUCUGGAUAGUGUUCUCUGCGGACAUGACCAUAAAGCUGAAGCACGAGCUGAUCUUCAACAGCUACAAGACCGUCGACGGCCGCGGCGCGAACGUCCACGUCGUGGGCAACGGGUGCAUCACACUGCAGUACGUCUCCAACGUCAUCAUCCACAACAUCCACGUGCACAACUGCAAGCCGUCGGGGAACACCGAUAUACGGGUCUCCCCGACGCACGUCGGGUGGAGGGGUAGAUCCGACGGCGACGGGAUCUCCAUCUUCGGCGCUCGUCAGAUCUGGAUCGACCAUUGUUCCUUAUCUUACUGCACGGACGGCCUGAUCGACGCGAUAAUGGGGUCCACUGGGAUAACCAUCUCCAAUAAUUAUUUCUCGCAUCACGACGAGGUGAUGCUGCUGGGCCACGAUGAUCGCUACGCGUUGGACACGGGGAUGCAGAUCACGAUUGCGUUUAAUCACUUCGGUGAGGAGCUGGUGCAGCGUAUGCCUCGGUGUAGACGCGGGUACAUACACGUGGUGAACAAUGAUUUCACGGAGUGGGAGAUGUAUGCUAUUGGUGGUAGCGCUAAUCCUACCAUCAAUAGUCAGGGGAAUCGGUAUAUUGCUCCAUCGAACCAGAACGCUAAGGAGGUGACAAAGCGCGUGGACACGGACGAGGGGCAGUGGACGGACUGGAACUGGAGGACGGACGGGGAUAUUAUGGUAAAUGGGGCGUUCUUCGUUCCCUCGGGAGCGGGCCUGAGCGCUCAGUACGCCAAGGCCUCCAGCGUGGAGCCCAAGGCCGCUGGCCUCAUCGAGCAGCUAACCAUGCACGCCGGUGUCCUCGGUGGGCCCAGGGAGAGGAGUGAGACCAUCUCGUCCCCAGGAUCCAACAUUGGUGGGACCAGCACCAGCACCAGCACGGGGACCACCUACGAUGGCAACACAGGGUCCAGCGGCGGUGGUGAUGGUGACUUUUUUGGAAUGAUAUUCAGAGGUGCCGCGGCGCCCCUCACCCCAUCUUCUACUCAAACAUUAUUGCCCCUUUUAAUUAUUUUAAUUUUGUACGUUUCCACCAACCAUCAUGUCCUAUUAUCCUUAACAUUAUUGUAACCCUUCUACAUCUUGAAAGAGAAAAGAAAAAAAAGGUAUAUAAUUUUAUAAAGAAAAAUUUCGUCUACAAUUUCUCCCCCCACAUGGUGCAAAGGUGCCUAUUUUGUGGGGCCUUGAACCGUCUUAGCGGACUUAUUGAAUGUUCUAACUCGAGUUCGUAACCGAGUCAGAUAAUUUGUUCACGGAACUACUUAAUUAAUUUAUUUAUCUCAUUUAUAAAGUAAA